GUUCUGUUCUUUCUUCCUAAUAUAUCCAUGGCCAAAUCAUCAAAUGUUCUCCUCCGUCUCUCUGUUUUCAUCUUCAUCAUCGCCGAAUCCGCCUUGGCUCAGACAUGUUCCAAGUACAAAUUCUCCAGCAACCGUCUCUUUAAGUCCUGUAACAACCUCCCUGUCCUUGAUUCUUUCCUCCACUACACUUACGACUCUUCUUCCGGGAAUCUCCAAAUCGCUUAUCGCCACACAAACCUCACCCCAGGGAAAUGGGUGGCAUGGGCCGUGAACCCGACGUCCACGGGCAUGGUCGGAGCUCAAGCCAUAGUGGCUUAUCCACAAUCAGACGGCGCCAUUAGAGCGUACACUUCACCCAUCAGCAGCUACCAGACGAGUCUCCAAGAAGCCGUGCUUAGUUUCAACGUCACUGACUUGUCUGCUACUUACCAAAACAACGAGAUGGUCAUCUUCGCAACUCUGAAUCUCCCUCUUGCGAAUGGUGGAAACAUCAAUACGGUGUGGCAAGAUGGAUCUCUUUCAGGGAACAAUCCUCUGCCUCAUCCAACUUCUGGCAACAAUAUCCGCUCUGUUUCCACUCUGAAUAUCAUCUCCGGUGCAUCUGGAUCCGCCGCAGGAGGAGGAACAGGAAAGUCCAAGCUUAGAAAACGCAACAUACAUGGAAUAUUGAACGGAGUGAGUUGGGGAAUAAUGAUGCCACUAGGAGCAAUUAUUGCUCGAUACUUGAGAGUCGCCAAAUCAGCAGACCCUGCUUGGUUCUACCUUCACGUUUUCUGCCAGUCUUCUGCUUAUAUCACUGGUGUCGCCGGUUGGGCCACUGGUCUCAAGCUCGGCGGCGAAUCAGCUGGGAUUCAGUUUACCGCUCACCGUGCCAUCGGGAUCGCUCUCUUCUGCCUUGCAACAGUUCAGGUGUUUGCCAUGUUUCUGAGACCCAAACCAGAGCACAAGUACAGAGUCUACUGGAAUAUAUACCAUCACACGAUAGGCUACACCGUGAUCAUCCUGGCUUUGGUGAACGUUUUCAAAGGACUAGACAUCUUGAGACCUGAGAAGCAGUGGAGAAACGCUUACACCGCUAUUAUCGUGGUACUGGGAAUAGUCGCAGCCGUGCUCGAAGCGUUUACUUGGUACGUAGUCAUAAAGAGAGGAAAGGCAGAGAAAUCUGCAAAAACGGCUCAGCUUGGAAACGAUGGCCGGUCUCAAUACGCAUAG